GCCAUUCCCUCAAGCCUCCGUGUAUUAUUCACUUCUAGCCGUAGAAAAUGGGUGCCUGUACAUCUAGAAUAGAUGAAAAAGUUGCAACUAUCCUCAGGGAGCUGGAUACUAUUAAGUUCCAUUGUCCUGAGCAUGCCAACGAUUUGGACUGGGAAAAUGAGGAGUCGGUUCUGAUCCACAGCUGUAUCAACACACUCAAGAACUGCGCUAUGCAUAAUGAGUUGAAGAAAAAGAAGAAAUCAUGGAUCAAGAAGACCAAAUCUCUCAGCCCUAUUAAGAGAAAUGCCAGCCCCGAGCACAAGACGACAGUCGCUUUCCACGAGGGGUACACCGUGAUCAACCGAGACGACCAUGAAUGCGCCGGACGAGACGAUAUGGAAGACCUGAUCAUUGACGAGUUGCUGGAGAACGUCAAAGUGGGAUCGGGCAAAUCCAAGCUUCUACGUCUCAGCGAUGCUCUCCCAGUCUUGCAAGACGAUUCGAUUCGUGCCGUUGUUCUCCACGGCAGUGCGCUAGAUAUUCUUUUAAGAACGCAGACUUGCGACUGAUGCUAUUUAGAUCUGAUAGCUCCAUCCCCACUCACUGUAAAUGAAGCACCUUUUCUAUUCCAAGUUUUGUGUGUAUUCC